AUGGAACUACUACAGGGAGAACAAUCGUUAUUUGGUGCUGACGGAAGUCUUAUCGAUUAUGAAGAGUACGGUGGAUGGGAAGAGGCAUGCGGAUCACUAUACUUCUUCGGAAAUGAAUUAAUGAACUUCAAACAAAAUUUCGACUUUUGCUGCAGCAUUGGCAUGUUGCCUUUGAUGGUAGAAAACGAUUGGAAGCGUUCUUGUCUCAGCAAAUUUAUUGACGGCCCGAAUUGGAAGUACAACGUUCGCUUCUGGUCGACUGGAAAACGAAUGGACCCAACCACAUUCGUGUGGUACGACAAGCGAACCACGUUCAAAACUAACUACUGGCGUUACGCACAACCAAGCAACACAAACGGAACUGAGGACUGCGUCAUGAUCAAUAUUCUGAUGUUUAACGAAACAGUUGUGCAACUAGACGAUCGGAAUUGCGAGCGCGUGACGCCCAACUCGUGUGUUGGCCCAACAACGCCGAAACCAAAGUGUAGCUUUCCAGAAUGUCCCUACAUGAAUUGCACAAUUCACCCUUCUUUCCACACUAUUCUACCUGAUGGAGCCACUUCUUACCUGACGACUCCAAAUGAUCACGGAGUGUGGGUGGACAUUGAUUACCGGACUUUCAUGCUAAGCAAAGACUCCGAUAUCAGAACGUUUGACGAAGCACUGGCCGCAUGCUGUGCGCUGGAUUUGACGCUGCUGAGUCUGCACCAAGGCUACAAAUUCAACUUUCUCGCUAGGGCUUUCAAAAACCUUUCUAUUGCAACUGGGAAAUUUUGGACGGCCGGUUCGGACGCCGGCUGUGAAGGCACCUACGGCUUCUGCUCGACGAACCGAACCAUCAACUGGAACGAAAGUUUUUGGAUGCAAAAUCAGCCUGACGAUACCGGUCCGAGUAACCAAGACUGCCUAGCGGUCAAUGCUUUCAACAAACAAGCUCUGCUCAGCGACGAACCUUGCACUGCAAAGCUCAGAUACAUUUGUGAGGGUAGAACUUCAAACAAGGUGAAGGCUCACGAGUUGGAGUGUAUUGCGGCUUAUAAUAUAACACCAAGUAUGGUUUUUUAUCUUUAA